AUGCCCCAUCUGCACGGAAAUGAAGCGACGGACAGCGACACCGUAUCGAGUGUCUCAGCAUGCUCCAAAAACAUCAAUGCCGAUCAAGACGAUGCUGAGUGCCCAGUAAAGGCGGCAGAGAGCGCCGCCAAUAGGCUGCUAUCUCUGGCUGCAUUGGCCGAAGAGCACGGAAAAUGCAAUGUCGUGGUUGAUGUUCCUGCUGCUACUAGGGACGAAACCAAAGAGGGCAGCACUGUAGUGGAUGCCGCUCCAGCAUCACCCCCAGCUGUACCACCGAUGCACCAACAUCAACACGAAGAGGGACGCGAAGUCCCACCAGCAGCUCCUGGCAUGAGCCCACACUGGGCUAUGGUUGGUGGCCAUCCUCCAAGAUUCACUGGAUUCUUUCGUCAACCGGGAAUCCAUUCUGUUUAUGCACAAGGCAUGGCAGGUGCUCCAUCAGGCGUUAGCCCGAUACCACCUGAACACUCUCCCAGGUUCAUGCGAAGAGGGGCGCCAAGAGGCGGUUUCCCAAUGUGGGCCGGGCCUCCUCCUCCCCGUCCUCCUUAUCAUCCUCAUCCACGUGCCGUUGGCCCAUCCUCUCUUCCACCUCAUUUCCGACGUCCUAUUCCUCCAAUGUUCAUGGCACGCCAAUGUUCAGCCAAUGAUGAAGAACUUGAAAGGCGUUCACCUGCACCCAAGAGAGUGUCUUUGGGCUAUCCACCAAAGUCGAUCCUCAAGAAGCCGCGUCUAGACCCUCACGCGACAGCCGUAAGCCCUGAAAAUUGCGACGAGUCUGUUGAGCAAGAUGCAAGACCAAAAAGUUCACUCGAAGCCCUCGCAGAGUCUGCUGCAGCCAUCAGCGAAGCCAGCCAACGAUCACAAGAAGAAUCGACUACUGACGAGGCCAAGGCGGCCAUUGAAUCGGCUGCUGCAGUGGAGAAGACUGCGUUUUCGUUUUCAGAUGAUGGAUCACCGAAAAAGCAAAGAAUCAUUUCCCCAGCGUCGUCGAAUGAGUACCCCAAGGCUGAAUAUGACGAUGAAAUGUCCUACAGUGUGGAAGGAAGUCUCUCUCCUGAUCAUAGCCGAGUCAUGGCUGGCUCGCCCCAUCGUCCUUAUCCAUCCCCUGGAGGUCCCUUUCGAAUGGGUCAUAUGGUCCUCCAAUGCCUCCAUUGCGACCUGGUCUUCACGGUUCAUACGUGGCAUACCCACACCCACAUGGCAUGA